AUGGCUAUCAGCUCCCCUCUGCUGUCCCUGCACAGGACAGAUGAGAUUAGAACAUCGGAAAGACAAACAAAAAAUACUGUGAGGCCUGAACAUCAUAAGCGCAAGCUGCAGAGACUAAAAUGCUCCUUGUCCUUCAAGACCAAGACCAUGCGCAGCAAGAGCGCGGACAACUUCUUCCGAAACAGCAACGACAACAAGAUGGAGCUGCUCUCAGACGUGAGCAGCAGCACGGGACAUCUCUGCAACAUGGCCCCCCCGCACACCACCCACCUGCCCAUCCCCCCCGUCCCUCCAGUCAUCCCCUCCGCUCCUCCCCCCAACUCACGGUCCCAGAUACGCAACCCGCUGCAGGUAGACUCGGCAGGACACUGCUUCAUGGAGCACAUCUUCAAGAAGCCCAUGUUCUGUGACGUCUGCAACCACAUGAUCGUAGGUAUGGUUACAUCGCCUGACACUACAACAGCCAAGCAUGUGGUGUUCCUGGCGGGAAACACAGCAAAGCACGGCCUCCGCUGCAAAGCCUGCAAGAUGAGCCUCCACCACAAGUGUGAAAACGGAGUGGGACAGCAGCGCUGCAUGGGCAAACUGCCAAAAGGCUUUCGGCGUUACUACAGCUCUCCAUUACUGAUCCAGGAACAGUAUGGCUGCAUCAAAGAAGUCAUGCCCAUCGCCUGUGGAAACAAAGUGGACCCUGUGUACGAGGCCUUGAGGUUUGGCACGUCGCUGGCACAAAAAGCCAAGAGGCCCAGUGGCUCUGAGUCUCCUCAAAGAAACUUGACCAAUGACUUGGAUAAUGUUCCAGAGGAAGUGGUGGCUCACAGCAGCAGGCAGGAGCUGUCGAGAAAACACAGCGAUGAUGUUUUCACAGUAAUCGAGAACGGAAAUGAGCAUUACCUCCAGCCAGAGAGAAGUCCUGACGACUUGCCGUUGGAGCAGAUCCACCUACAACAAGAUGUCCUUAAGCUCAACACCUAUGUGGCCUUGUUCAGCUUUACUCCCCAAGACAGCCAUGACCUGGAGAUGAGGUUAGUUUACUAAAUCACUCGCUGUCAGUAGAUGAAAUAUAGCUGACUUACUGUACUCUGACAUGCUCACAGUGAUAUUUUUUAAAACAUGUUUUGCUCUUCAAAAUGUCCUUAACUAAGGAGAAA